AUGGCGUACUUGAAGAAGUUCACCACCGAGAAUAUUUAUGGGCUCAGAUGCGGCGCGUCGAUAAUCAACGAGCGAUUCGUCCUCACGGCCGCGCACUGCAUCAAAGACGUCGAGCCCGAAUCGCUCGAGGUCGUCGUGGGUACCAAUCAGUUGGGCGACAACGACAACGCCAAAGUUUACGGCGUGGCCAAGCUCAUAGGUCAUCCGCAGUACAGGAAGAAAAUCGGAUCGGAUUCUUCGUCGAUGAAAAAUGAUAUCGGCCUGAUACUGCUGAAAGAGAAAAUAACAUUCGACGACAGAACCCGACCCGUCCGACUCGCUCCCGGCCACUUGCAAAUGACAACCGGAAUGAACGCGACGGUCACCGGCUGGGGCUGGGACGUUCACAACAUCUUUGACACAGGCGUGCAAAAGAAUCUGAAAAUGCUGACCAUGAAAAUCGCCGACAAGGAAAAGUGCAAGAAGGCUUGGUACGACCAGUCGAAGAAGUACGUGGACGCCGGGCUGAUUUGCGUCACGACGGAUUUUCACGGCUUGGAGGGUCACUGCUACGGCGAUUCGGGCGGUCCCCUCGUGACGGACGACGGCCAACAGAUCGGCAUCGUCAGCAUGGGCUACGAGUGCGGAUUGGCCGACACGAUUCCCGACGUGUACACGAGCGUGCCGUACUACGCCGAUUGGAUUCGCGACGUCGUUGCGGCCAAUUGA